AUUUUCGUUUAGCUCACCAAUAAGACCCGUAUCAAAUCAUCCACUUUACCUUAAAUCGAAUAGUCGAUAAUUCCAGAUUUGGUCUUGUCCCUUUCCAGACACACCACGCUCUUUUUUCAGACACACCCUGAACCGAGCCGAUCCGAAAAGUUUUGAUCUCACUUUACCCGCAUUAGGUAUUAGGCGCAUUUUACCGAGUCGUUAGGUCAUUUUUCCAACCUCCGACUUUCACUAGUUCACGUGACUAGUUAUUUAGUUCCUCGGUCUAAGAUGGACGGUGAUAAUCAUGGCUAUAUACCAGAUGAUGUCGACUUCGAUGGUUUAUUGAAUAAUGCUCCUGUUUGGCCCAAUACAGCAGAACAGUACGGAUUCCAGCAGCAGCAAACUCAAACUCAGCAGCAACAACAGCAGCAGCACAUACAAGCAGAUCCAUAUGCUAGAUAUUCUACCAAUCAACCUUCUUAUGGACAGCAGUAUGAUCUCUCUCAUCAACAUUCAUAUAAUCCUCUGUCGUACUCGACCAAUCCUGCAUAUUCUGCCCAGUACCAACAUGCUGGACCAUCAGAUUUGUUCGGUCCUCCUUCUUACAACCUCGAUACUUCCAUGCAAGAAUCAAGCUCAUACCAUGGAGCUCAAAGCUCUUUCCCAUAUCAACAAAAUACUACCCAACAUCCCACAAUUUCCCCUCAAACUCUUCAGUACAAUAGCUUACUGGCUCAACAGCAAUUGAAUAGUGGGAUCCCGUCGGCUGCGUUUCAACGAUCAAAUAGUGGAAUCAGCAGUAAACCUGAUUAUAACUAUGGCCGAAGGACACAUAGUAAUGAUAACCAUUUCUUCAAUCAACCUCAGAAUGGUAUUGUGCCGCAAAAAAUGAGCCAGAGCUUAUCCAACAAUACCGUCCAGUAUCCUUCUGUUGCAGCAGAUCUUUGUCCAAAGGAGGAGGUUAAGCAACAUGUCCCGCUUGAAGAGAAAUACCCCGUCGCGGCACUCACUGCUGCUGCACCUCCUCGUCAACGAGAAAUAGCCCCCGAAUACAAACUUGCCGCUCCGGCACCGAACCCACUUCGGAUCACUCAUCCAGAUCUUGUUGCGAACAAUACCUCUUCAAGACCUCGGUUCUCGUAUGCUCCAUUCGUUUCAUGGGAAGAUACGUCUAUACAAGUUCCUCCUGGGCUAAAAAGUCAGUGCACCUGGAUUGCCCUCAUUUGAUAUGAAAUUUUGCUAACAACUGUUCUCUAGAUACCAUUCCAAAGUAUCACCCGAGGAAAUCAAGAAGUGGAAAAGAGCUUGUAGUGGGGCUAAAUAAAUCAAGUGAGUAUCGUUGGACAGAUUUGUGUACCUCAAUAUUAAUAUCUCGGCCAGAAACUUUAACGCCAGCAAAAAUUUCACAGAAAAUUCGCGUCCCAAGGGAAAAGAAAACACACGUUAGCACCUACAAAGGCACUAGCAGAUCAGCGUUUGAUAAAGAUUUCAAUGUGCGUGCCGAUGGUACAAGCACACCAAAUAAGUCUCCUGCAACAUCCACGGAAUCAAGCUCUUCUGAGGAAGAAUCAAGUUCGGAAGAAGAAUCUGAAUAUGAAGACGAUGAAGAAGAAGAGUUGCCACCGCCAAUAGAUAUCAGUACCGUAAGUACACAUCUCUCUUCCCGGCAAUUCUUGAUUGCGGCCUUUAUUGUGUGAAUGACAUGCAAGCGCCCUUGCCGCUCUAUAUCAUGAUAUUUAAGGCGUUCUAUGUGAACUGAUUCAAUGCAUCAUAAUGAGUUAUGUUAGCCUGCUCGCAUACCUCUUUUGACAUUGAUAACCUGCCAUCCGUGUCUGAUGCCUCUGAAAAGCCACUAAAACGAAUACUAACGAUAAUCAAUACAGGUUCGUGAACUCAAGCGUCCCGAUGAUAUGCCUAAUGCUGCCCGAUGGGAUGCCAUAGGAAUCAUCUGGAAGGAUCCCAAUUCCAAUCCAAGUGCGGCUGCUAUUACAAGUGCUAUGAACGAUUAUGCCAAUACGAUUAUUGCGCUUCGAACCCAAAUCAAGGACACUGCUGCAAAGAUCGAAGAAGCGACCAUAUCCAAGGCUCCCGAAGCACAAAUACGAAAACUCAAGACGCUUCGUUCCGAACAAACCGAUGCCCUUUAUCAAACAAUUGAGGCGGCAAACAAGCUUGGCUACGGUCCAAUUGUUGAGAAUCUUGGUGGUCAUCAAAAGUUAGUAAGUGGUCUAACAGCCACACUCAUUGAAUGUACGAAAACAGAGGACUAUCUUGGUAAACUUCCACGGGCUGUAUUCGCUUUACUUGCCAAAUUUCAAACACUCACAGAAGACUUAAUUAAGAAGAGUAAAUUUGAUGCUCUUGCAAGGCGUUGGAAUAAGAAAGGAGAUCAAGAAAUCAAGGAUUACAUUAAGAUUAUAAUAGAGAGCACAAUCGACGCAAAGGAAAGAGCUUCUAAGAUAGAGCAGACAACGUCUAGCGUUGAAGACACCAAGAAGAAGCUUGAAAAGAUAGAACAAAUUAAAUCUCGAGCUGCUGAAACCAUAAAGCCCACAGCGACUAAUCAAAGUUCGAAGAGACCUCAUGAAGGAGAUAACACCAAUAGCAAACCAAAUAAGAAGUUCGCUACUGAUGUUUCCGGUACCCCCACUUCGACAUCAAAAUUACCCCCAAUACCCAAGAGAUCAAAUGCCAAUCUUCUUGGCAUUUCUUCGAAACCAACUCCAAAGCCUACUCCGAAGGUUGCUCCACCCAAGAAAAAGGAGCCAUCCCCACCAAUAUCAUCCAGACUAGGAGAUAUCUUAGCCAGCAUUGAAAAGCCACCUGAGCCACCAAAGAAGGCCGCGCCAGCGGCUGGACCUCCAGAGACCCCAGAGGAAAAGAAGAGACGUGAGCGAAAAGAAAGUCGACGACAUCUCAGAGUUAAAUUCAAGCCAGAUGAUGAGCUUGAGCAAAUUCGUUUGUUUAAACAUGAAGUGGCAGAAGAUGAGGGACGACAAGAUAACAUGUUGAGAGAUGCACAUAAUAAUCAUUCUGAAGGUAUGAUGCAUAAGCAACGUGUUAAGGUUACAGAUGAUGAAGAUGAUGAACCUAUGUCUGCUACGAUUGAAGAACGACCUUAUCCUAAUCUGGUUGAGGUCGACCUCUCCAACCUUGAUAAGAACACUACUUAUGGUCCAAGUUACAUCACCAGAGGCGGAAAUAUCAAGUUUGUUACCCCAGAGCAGCAAGUACAAGAGCGACGAGAGGCCAACGAGUUACUUGUUAUCUAUAAUGACCCUUCGGAAAUUCCACCGUCUGCGAAAGAACCAUCUUCUGCAAAUAACGCCGCUACAACCAUGGCAAAACAAUUGAAGUAUCCAAGUGCUCCUUGGUUGAUACAAAGACUGCAUGAUAUUCACCAGUAUGGUCCAGAUUAUGCACGUACUCUCGCGAUUAGUCGUCUUGAAGAAAGAAAGUACAAAGAAAUGCGAGACAAUCAAGCCCUUGGUUUCACACAAAAUGCUUCAAGCUCAAAUGAUGUUUCUUCAACUUUACAACAACUUGGUGGAGUACCACAAUCUAACGCCAUCAUGGACGCAGCAUGGGAUAACUUGCAACGUAUUGUCGCGACAUUGAAAGGAAAGCCAUACCCAGCUAUCGAACCACCUGAAUGGAUGAACGAAGCUCAAAAGAAGGACUGGUGGGAUGGUUAUAAUAAGGAUCACCCUAAUGCUGCGGAAGAGAGGUUUCUUGCUCAAAUGCAAGCACCUCAUGCACCUCAAGCACCACCAAUGGUACCUGCUAUGCCAACUCCCCAAAUGCAGAGUUAUCAACCACAAAUGAGUCAGCCGGUUUUGAAUUAUCAAGCACCUGUUCCAGACGUCAACCAACAAGUUCAACAGUACCUUGCUGGUUUGACUGGUAAUAAUAAUAUGGGUGGUGGUGAUAAUACUUCAUCAGCUCCUCAACAAUUCGAUUUCAGCGCUUGGUCCAACAAUCCUGCACUCCAAAGCUACGCACCAUCCCUUCCCAACGACAGUUCCUCAUCACGACAAUGGGCAUCCGGUUAUCAAAACGCUGAGAAUCGGGAAUCUCGAGGAGGAAAGAACAACCUUUUCAAUGAUAACUGGAAGCGAAAAAAGGGUUCGGAAUGGAAGAAAGAUUCAAAGUGGGAACCUUUAGAUGAAAAUGGAAAUUACAAGGGCAAAAAACAACCAUGCAAGUUUUGGGGUGAGGGAAAAUGCGCUAAGGGUGCUGCUUGUACUUAUUCGCAUGAACCUGAGGACCAGGGAAUGGGUGGAGGUAAUGGACGCGAUCGUUACUGAGUUGCGAUUCGAUUUGCAUAUGAACGUGGAUAUAUUUGUCUUUUGCAAGAAUUGCAUGGUCUGCAUGGCAUUGAAGGCGUUCCGCAUGAGAUAAAGAGGAUAAGAUAUGUAAUUUUCUUUCUUUUUCGAGAAGAUUCGAGUUUCCGACUUCGGUACACACCAAUACUUGAUUGCAUCAAUACAGCCGUGUUGUACGGUACACUCGUUUCGCAUUUUUCGAUGACUUGAGUGGGUGGCAUGGGCAGAGAGUUGUACUUUUACGAAUACCUUUGAAAUAAACAGGCUGGCUACUUUUAUGGUAAAGACCAUAAUGAGACCUUGGUCUUGCUCUUUUCACUUUUUUUGUUUGCCAUUUGAGGGUUUUAGCUUGGGCUGAACUUGGGCUUAGGCUUGGGCUUUUCGUCUCACUCGCUCACUCACUCAUUUGCUCAUGUGGAUGGGUGUGGAAUGGAAGUGAGAAGGGUGGGAUUGGAUCGAGAUGGAUGUGUACAAGAGGGUUUGUUUUGUAAUAUUAGUGGACUUGAUGUAUGGAUGGGGUUGGAUGGGGUUUAUGCGGGGCAGGUAUAAAUAGAUGGAUGGAAAGGAAGAGUGAGGGAGAGGGAGAGGGAGUGGGACUAAAAUAUCAUGGAAAAUGAAAAUUGGAAGAUGGGAGAUGGGCAUGGUUGUGUGGACUUGAUAGAGCAUG